AUGGACGACGGCAUCAACUGCUACGUGGUCCCACAGACCACGGGCACCGGGCGGAACAUCUUCCAGGGCGGCAGCCCGCUGCAGGAGUCGCUGCCGCUGCUCGGCGUGCAGCUCGUCCUCAUCGUCGCCGUCACCCGCGUCCUCUACUUUCUCCUCAAGCCGUUCAAGCAGCCCCGCGUCGUGUCCGAGAUCAUGGGCGGCAUCAUACUUGGCCCCUCCGUGCUGUCACGCUGUUCAGCGUUCAAGGAGACGGUGUUCCCGGCGAGGGGCGACCCGGUUCUGCACACCGUGGCGACGUUCGGCCUCAUGUACGUCAUCUUCCUCAUCGGCGUGCGGAUGGACCCGAUGCUCGUCGUCCGGUCCGGCAAGAAGGGCGUCAUCAUUGGCCUCUCCGGCUUCGUCCUGCCGCUGGCCAUGACCGCCGUGGGCUUCUCCGGCGCCGCCAUGGCCGCGGAGGCCGACGUGACGAGGCGGUCCACGUUCCUAUUCGCGCUGUCGACCUCGAUCUCGGUCACGUCCUUCGCCGUGCUCUCGCCGAUCAUGUCGGAGCUCAGCCUCCUCAACUCCGACCUCGGCCGCACAGCCAUGUCGGCGUCGAUGACCACCGACGGCAUCGCGUGGCUCAUCAUGGUAGGGUACACCCUGGCCGAGGCGUUCCUCGUGUCGCCCGCGACGUCGCUCUGGGCGUUCCUCUCGGUGGCCGCGCUCGCCGCGGUCAUACUGUUCGCGGUGCGGCCCGUCGCGCUCAAGGUGAUCGAGCGCACGCCGCCGGGCAAGCCGGUGGACGAGAACUACGUCUUUUUCUUCCUCCUCAUCGUGCUCCUCGUUGGGUUCUACAGCGACAUCAUCGGGACCAACUCGUUCCACGGCGCGCUCAUGCUGGGGCUGGCGAUCCCCGACGGGCCGCCGCUCGGCACCGCGCUGGGGGAGAAGAUCGACGCCAUGGUGUCCGGGCUGAUCCUGCCGCUGUACUACGCCAUGACCGGCCUCAGCACCGACGUGUGGUGCCUGCACUGGGGCAGGCUGCAGCUCGUCAUAUUCCUCGGGUGGUUUGGCAAGCUGGUCGGCGUCAUGGUGCCGUCGCUGUACCUUGAGAUCCCCCUCCGGGACGCCGUGUCUCUCAGCCUGUUCAUGAACUCCAAGGGGAUUGUUGAGGUCAUCACCUUCACCUUCUUCCUCACCAACGAGUUGAUCGGCAAGGGCACGUUCAGCGUGUUGAUGUGCUCGUCGGUGGCGAUCACGGCGGUAUCGGUGCCGGUGGCGGCAUGCCUAUACGACCCGGCGCGGCGCUACGCCGUGUACAAGCGGCGCACGUUGCAACACCUCAAGGCGGACGCCGACCUGCGCAUCCUGGCGUGCGUCCACGACCAGUCCCACGUCCCGGGGACGCUGGCGCUGCUGGAGGCGUCGCACGCCACGCCGCAGACGCCCAUCGGCCUCUACCUCCUCCAGCUAGUCGAGAUCGCCGGCCGGUCCGCGCCAGUGUUCAUCCCGCACAACCCGCGCCGCAACGCGUCCCGGAUCGGCGCGCCCGGCGCGCCGUCCUCCGACUCGGACCGCGUCAUCAACUCCUUCUUCCGGCACGAGCUCCGGCACCCGGAGGGCGCCGUCUCGGUGCACCCGUUCACCACCAUCUCCCCCUACUCCUCCAUGCACGACGAGGUGUGCCGCCUCGCCGUCGACAAGCGCACGUCGCUGAUCCUCCUCCACCACCACAAGCGCCACAUGCUCGCCGGCGGCGCGCACGCCGCCGCCGGGCUCCGCGUCGUCAACCGCAAGGUGCUGGAGGUCGCGCCGUGCUCGGUCGCAGUGUUCGUCGACCGCAACGCCGGCUGCGUCCGGGAGGAGCUCGUCGGCGACAUGGAGAGGAUCGUCGAGGUGCUGAGGGGCCUCGACAAGGCCGGCUACGACCUCGUCGUCGUCGGCAUGAGGCACAGGUGGUACCCGGUGAUGCCGGCCAACGGGCUGUCGGACUGGAGCGAGUGCCCCGAGCUCGGGGUCAUCGGCGACCUCCUCGCGUCCUCCGACUUCGACACGCCCUACUCGGUGCUCAUCAUGAAGCAGCAGGACCAGGCCGGCCUGAAUGCCGCUGUGCCGGGAGCCCAGGACCUGUGGCGCAGCGGCAGCGUCAGCGGCCCGCCACCGCGGACGAUGUCGACCAGCGGAUCUAGCUAG